AUGCGACAAAAGAAGCGUUAUGCCGCCGAACACGCCCGUGAGGCUAAGAAGGCUCGCAAACAACCGGAAACUUCAAUUACGCAGGUAGGAUCCGCUGCUUGGUCGACCAGAUUGUGGAGAAAUGGCGGCUUCACGGGAAGAAGGGAGCAAAAACGUGAGGUUGAGGAACGGACACCUCAAGUUGUUAAUCAUGACGCCACAUUAUCGCGGGAAGCUCUUGAACGUCAUGCUCUAGAUGACACCAUGGCUCGAGAGCUUUCGUAUUUCUUCAGUUUGUUCGUCGGAAUCACUCAUGGAGCGCCUCUAGGUGCA